AUGUCGUUCCAGGCAUCGAAGAAGAAGUUGUCCAAGAAGGAGAAGGCCCGGAUGACUGCGGAAUUGGCAGAGAAGGCUCGACUAGAGGCCGAGGCCCAAGCGAAGAUGCUCGAGGAGCUGAUGAAGCAAAAACACGAGCAGGACCGCCUGGCCGCCAUCGAGAAGGACAAAAAGGAAGCCGUCGAGCAUCAGCUACGCAUCGAGCAGCUACAGGAAUCGCGUAAAUUAAUGGACGAUAUCGUAGAGUCUUACUUGGAGUUGGAAAGACUAGAGCGCGAGGAAAUCGAGUGGAAGAAAUACGUAGACUGCGGUAGACUCCCCAAUCCCCUACAGUGUGAUCGGAUGAACACCUACCUGCACCUGUGGGAGCAAGUAAUUAGUGAUACGACUGUAGAAGACGCGUCUGCCAGAACGGCUGACGUCAUCCAGCUUCUCGAGGAAUUGGACGAACAUUUGGAUGCGGAAGAGGAUCCCAGCCUGGUGAAAAAUUUAAAAUGGAUUCGGUCGAUGUUCAGAGAUCGGCAAAAGGAGAGCCUCGACGUCGCUACAUACAAAUUGCUGCGCAACGUCGAACAUAACCUGAAUCGAAUUAAUAUACCAACAGCGGACUUUAACUUCAAGGACGAGUACGUCACGUUGUGUCUGUGGUUGCGAGUCAUGUUGCCCAUACCGCUACCGAACCCUAGAAGACCGCCGAAACCGAGGAUCGAUGUGGAUUUCACUCUACUGGAAGCUAGCGUUUUGUUUCCCUCGAGCAUCGAUUGCGAAAAUGCCGCGAUACGCGCGAUGUAUCUUAAGUACGACCACCUAAGCGACACGAGCGACACCUACAAAAUCCCACAACUUCGGAAGCGUUACUGCUGGGACUUGCUGGAGGCGUCGAAACUUGAAUGGAGGGCGAAACGCAAAUACAAGUACGACAAUAGGGACAAGGAGGUGACUGAAGUGGACGAAACUCAAGGAAAAGCGGACACGUUAACUGAUGGUGACGUUGUUACCGAUGAAAUCGAUGAAUUUAAGUCUGACGACGAGAUUCCGUCGGUGCCGUUCAAGCAGUUGGAUCCCACCGCGAGCGCUUUUGCAAUUACGUGUGAAGAUAACCUUUACGCAGAAAUAAGAACGGCACUGUUGCUGGUGGUUCCGGAGCACGUGAUAAACUUGAGGAGGUUCGUUAUUUUGGGCGGAGUCUACCAUUUGGAUUACCUGGCUCAGCCGCCUCAACCGCAGGAUUUCAUUACCAUGGAUAUGACCAUUACUGCACUUAGUUUGCCGAAAAAACUGGAAACCGUGCCGUUCUACGCCGCGUACAAUCCUCCGCUGCCGCCCGAAGAUCCCACCGUAAGACGCUUGCCUGAAGAGAUCGAAGAGGAGAUGCGAAGACAAGAGGCGGAGCUAGACAAACUGAUCGCCGUCAAUAUAAAGUGGCCUCAGCAUGUCAUCUUUCUCGAGCUGCCCGUCGUGUGCCGGUGGGACGAAGAGGCGAGACGCUGGAGCAAAAAGGAAAUUUUCGAUUUAAAACACAACGAGGACAAGUGCGUUUUGAGUUUUCGCACCGGAGUUUUCGGCACUUUCGGAUUGGCGACUUACCGAUACGCGAAUCUACCGUUCCAGGCGUACGACAUUAAACCUGAAGCCGAUGACUCGGUGACCGUCCAACUGACGGCGGCCAUUUUAAUGUUGGAGUUCAAUAUCAAAGAAGGACUCGUCUGCAUCACGCAGCUGCAAAACAGUCCCAAUAUGGCGUUGCAAGACAUAGUCGGGACUUAUUUCAAGUUGCCGAGACUGAAACGGAUAUUGAAAGAAGCCGGAAUAGACAUUUUUCCAUCACUCGACGCGUUUUGCUACGUUGAAGGGAGCUGUGAAAAGCAGUGGGCGAUGGAGAGACACCUGUAUUUCAACAUGGCGCAGUUGUCGAACUGCUUCAAUUUCGCUUGGUCCAGGUGGAACCUGCAGGCGGGCCGCAGGAGCAUCGUUCUACAAAUGAGGAAUUACGUACCAAGCAAGGCCAAGCAAAAAACCCAUCAGAUGUUGCUGAUCACUCCGCAGAGAGCAUCCUUCGUCGACUGUACCGAAGUCAGCCAAGUGUUUUCUGACAAUGAUGUCGAGCCGAUCAAGUUCUGCGCCGACCUGUACCACCUAAUGAAAACCACCAGCGGCAUAUUCGUCAGGAACAAAGUGCUGAAAACGUCCAAGGUCAACGUCUACGCCCUAGCCAAUUUCCUGGAGUCCAUAAGAAUAUUGAGUUUUUCCUGA